AGCGCUCUCGGGGAUACAGAAUUACAGAGUCUCAAAUUAAACAAAGUACCCACAACAUACUUCUUUCUCCCCCUCAGUUACCCGCCAAAAGGGUAUAAUUUUUAACUCCCCCAAUUUCUUCUCCCUUCCCUUUUUCGCUCCAAUGGCUUAACGGAUCUCUCUUCUGCCAAGGUAUUGCUUCCGCUGUUGCAGAUUUGCCAUUUAUGCGGCGGGUUGGCCCGGAACGGCGGCGAUUCGCUGGACGGACAGGCUAGCUGUGUUGUUGUUUCUUCUUUUUCCGGGAUGGAAUCCACGGCCGGGUUGAAAUUGGAGGGUGUGGGGGAGAAGAGGCCGCCGGACUCCGAGGCGAUCGAGGAGCGGCCAGAAUGGAAGAAGGCGAGGGCGACGGUGGGCGGGAAUGUGAAGAAGGUCGCGGAAUUGGUGCUUGUGCUCGCCGCAAUGGGGAAGAUGAGGGGCGGGUGGAGUCCCAGUGAUGCGGAGAAGGAGAUGAUGGUGGAAGCAAGGGAUAAGUUGGCCGAUGUGUGCCAAACGUUUGCUCCAAAGGAUGUGUUUCCCAGGGAGGCGUUUGGAGUUGUGAUCGAGGACCUUGGCCUUGAUAAGCUGAAGGAACAGAGGUUAGGGAUUCGCCCUCCUAAGAUGUCUAUUGCCGAGACCAUGUUGAUUUCCAAAAGACAGAUGGAAAAACCUGCAGAAGCCAUACAUUCUGCUCUUUAUUCAUCCCAACGCUUGCAAUCACAUUCGGGUGCAACGGUUGAGAAUCGUGGUCCUGCAUCAAAUGCUAAUCGAAUCUUUCCAUCUGAUAAACCAGGGCAUGCACCGAAUUCGUACGGGAAUUUUCAGUCAGCUGCAAUGCUGGGUCAUGGACCUGCUGCAAAUUCUGCAUCUUUACCUCAUCAAUUGCCUACAAGUGAGAUCAAACAUAGUGUUCACACCGGGUUAGCCACUAGUAAUAUGGGUAAAGACACAUCUCCAGUGCUAUUGCCGCGUGCUGAAAGGCCACAUCUCAGAUCUGACGGGAGGUUAAAUGCUGCUUCUCAUAUUCAAGAUCACCCAACCUUGAGGCCGCCUAACUGGCCGAUGGCGCCUUCAUCACAUUCAGCGGCUAAAGUGGGACCUGACAUUGGGAUUCCAGCACAUUCAUCGGUAAAAGUUGAGGGUGGUGCGGGUCACAAGUCAGUGAUGGCCCACCAACCAACAACAUCCAGACCUUAUAUCAAUCAGGCUUCCUUUGGGAACUUGCCAAAUGCACACCAGCAUAUUCAUGGAAUGAGUUUUGUUCCUGCACAUCCUCCGAGUAGCCCCCAUGCUGAAGUUGGUAAGAUUGUUCAGAGGUUCCUACAACCCCAACUUCGUGAUAGACCUGCUUGGACUCCACCAUCUAGAGAUUAUAUGAGCAAGGCACUGCCUUGUCAGAUGUGCAAGUCUACAGUGACUGGUGUGGAUAACAUUCUUAUUUGUGAUGCUUGUGAAAAAGGGUAUCACUUGAAAUGCAUUAAUAUGACUAAUCCGAAAGGUAUUCCCAGGGGGGAAUGGCAUUGUGGGAAGUGCUUAUCACUAACAUAUGGUAAACCACUGCCCCCAAAGUAUGGCCGUGUCAUGAGGAAUAGCAAUGCUCCAAAGACCUCUUCAAAUGCACUAAUGGCUCAGCCAUAUUUAGACAAAAAAGUUUCUCGUGCAAGUGAGAAGUUCACUCAGCAGAAGGUGGCAGUCAAUGAGAAUGCUGCUUUACAAAAUCCUCCUUCUCUAGAUAUAGCAAAUAGAGAUGACACUGUGUCAAGUAUUGAUAGUAGAGCUUCUUCGGAAUCCUUUCCAAACAUUAUGGUGAAAUCUUUUAGUGAUAACGGUGCUUCCCCUGUUUGCGCAUCAGCUGAUAAACCUUUCCAAGGGGAUUCAGUAGAUUUGAAACAGGAGCCUCACGCAACAACUAAGACAACACUGAUCUCAUCUGACCAUUCACACCCAUCUUCGAACCUCCCAAAUGUAGAUCAUGUUCCACCAAAUAGUGAAGAGGUUUCAUUGAAAGGGUCUACUGACAAUCACCUUGAUGUUGUUGAUUUGAAGGAGUCUUUUGAUAGGGCUUCUUUCAGGACCAGUUCCAUUGGUGUUGCUAAAGGAGACGAACGAGAAACUGUAGAAGCAAAUACUUCUGAAGACUCUAAAACCUGUAAUGGGAGCAUGAAAGACAAUAAUUCUUUAUCAGAUUGCUUAAAUAAUGUUGAUUGGGUUGGCAUCAAACAUACAGUUGAGGAUGAGAAAGAUUAUUAUGAAGCAUGCCGCAUUAAUGGCUGUACGUACCGUCUCAAAGACUAUGCUCUUAUUCGUUUUGAAAAUGAUCGACUGAUUCCUUCAAAGAUUCAGACUAUGUGGGAAGAUACCAAAAGUGGAACCAAAUGGGUUACUGUUACUAAAUGUUACUCUCCUAGAGAUUUGCCAGCAUCUGUGGGGAGGCCCUGUAGUCUGGAAAGCAGCGAGGUCUAUUUGUCUAAUUUUGAGAGUUCUGUAAUGGCUGGGCUGAUUCAAGGCCCUUGUGAAGUUCUUCCUUCAAGCCGGUUCGUUGAAGAAAGAGAAAGGAGAACUCUUGCUGGAACAGAGCAAAAUGCUUCAGGACCGCUUUACCUUUGCAAGUGGAUUUUUGAUGAAGCAAAGGGCCUAUUCCGUGACGUUUCCUGUUAAUCGUGCUCAAGUCAUGUGUUCUUUCCUUCCCUCUGUCCCAGUCAACCGGGCAGCCCUUCUGAACUGCGGGUUUCAGAGAUGGAGUUGCGCGUACGAUAUGAUUCUCGGAAGGAAGUGCGCGAAUUCACUUUCAUUUAUGGCUUGUUAGUUUAGUGAAAUGUAGAAAGGAGGUAGAUUUGGUCUUUCUUUAGAUUAGAUGCCGCCAUCCCAAUUCGCUUAUAUUAUGCUAAGGUAAUUUUAUUCUUUUGCUAAACAGAUUUUUUUUUUUAAAAUUUCUGUGAGCAUUGUUUCUUCUACAGCAUAAUAGUGUAUAUACUGUCAAUUCAAACGUCUGUUGCUGCCCAUUGGGCAAUAAAUUCCCGAGGCGUGGUUAAAAAAAAAGAGCAAUACACGUUGAGAUUUCGG